AUGAAUCUUGCUUUAAGAUUCCUCCUCCCCUGCCGACAGUUCUUUGUGCCUUCCACCUUUGCUCGUCCAAGCUCCGCCGCCCCACAGCAGUACAACAAUUCCGCUCGCUCCCAAUCUUCACCAAUCCUUCAUUAUACAAGGCAGCUCUCGACACAGCGUACAAUGGAGGGGCGAAAAGUGGUCCAUCAGGACAAAGGCGAAGUAGCUCAGCUGGUGACUACCCUUGAGGCUGCUAGAUUGGAGAACAAAGGGGUCAAAAAGAAGACCUUUAAGUGCAGAAAGACCAGGUUCAUGGUGGGGAAAGGAGGCAACGUCGCCGUGGACUCGUGGAAGUUUAUGGACUGGGAUUACAAGCGCGAUGACCUUCCGACCUAUGCUCGUGGGUUGUUCACAACCAAGAGACAGGACGGCACCCCCGAGAUUGCUACACGAGGCUACGAUAAGUUCUUCAACAUCAACGAGGUCAACUCAACACAAUGGAGGAACAUUGAGAACAACACCCGAGGGCCUUACGAGCUCAGUGUCAAGGAGAACGGUUGCAUCAUAUUCAUCUCUGGUCUGGAAGACGGCUCUCUGCUAGUAUGCAGCAAGCACUCAACGGGUGCUCGUUCUGAUACUGAUAGGAGCCAUGCUCAAGUUGGAGAAGAGUGGAUUGAACGACACGUCGCUUCGGUCGGCAAGACAACUGCACAGCUGGCCAAGGAGUUGCGCGAGAUGAAUGCCACCGCGGUGGGAGAGCUCUGUGACGAUAGCUUCGAGGAGCACGUUCUCGCGUAUGACCAGAACUCCGCCGGUAUAUACCUUCAUGGAAUCAACUUCAACGUUCCCGAGUUUGCAACUCUUUCUAGCCCGGAAGUGCACAAGUUCGCGGACGCCUGGGGCUUCAAGAAGGCAAACUUUGUUGUUUACGAUGAUCUCGAUUCUGUUAAGCGGUUCCUUGAGCGAUGCGCCGAGACUGGGUCUUGGGACGGCCGAGAGACCGAAGGUUUUGUUAUCCGAUGCCACAUGAGCGAGGGAGGUCGUGGUCCCUUGCGGGAUUGGUUCUUCAAGUACAAGUUUGAAGAGCCGUACCUGAUGUAUCGGCAAUGGCGUGAGUGUACCAAAUCUAUGCUCUCCGGGAAACAGCCAAGAAUCAAGAAGCACAAAAAGAUUACAGAGGAGUACUUGGUCUACGCGCGCCGUCAGUUUGCUCUGAAUCCAGAGUUGAAAGUACCCUAUCAGCAUAACCACGGUAUCAUCGCAAUGCGCGAUGGCUUCCUAGCGGAGCGCGGCCUCAACGGAGCACAGAUCAUCCAAAUGGAGGCAGACAAUGUCACACGGGAUGUCGUUCUAGUACCUAUUGCAUCAAUCGGAUGUGGUAAGACGACGGUGGCUCUAGCUCUGGUCAAGCUGUUCGGCUGGGGCCAUAUUCAGAACGACAACAUUCCCAAACAGAAGAGUAAGCCAAAGGCAUUCGCUGCUGGUGUGCUCAACCAGUUACUGGACAAGCCGGUUGUGAUUGCGGACCGGAACAACCAUCAGAAACGUGAACGAGAUCAGAUCAUAAAGGACGUGACUGCUGGUACUCCCAACGCACGAUUUGUUGCACUCCACUAUGUUCAUGAGCCCAAGGAUAUGAUGCUUCCUGAAAUCAGAGAGGUGACUCGGAAACGUGUGCUUGAGCGGGGCGACAACCAUCAGACCAUUCGCGCCGGGACCAAAGACAGCGGCGAGGUCAUUGGGAUCAUGGAGGGCUUCCUCAACCGGUUCGAGGCCGUUGAUGUGGACCAUGAACCGGACAUGAGCUUUGACGAGGUUAUCGACCUUGACGUUACGGCGUCUUCCCGCGAGAAUCUCGAGAAGGUAGUAAAUGCGCUGCAUUCUGCCUACCCUCAACUCGUGAAGAAAGUCCCUUCCGCGCAAGAGCUAGAUGACGCCAUCAACCACGCUGUUAGCGAGUACAACGUCGACGUAGACCACAGCGGCUCCUACAAGCAGGUCAAGGGGCCAAAGCAGAACAACAAAGCUGGCAGCCCGAACUCAGGGAUCAACAUCGAAGCCAAGGUCCGAAAUAUCGAGUAUUUUGGCAUUACCCUUCCGACAAAGGAAGUCUCCGACCUCCUCCACUCCCUCUUCACCUCCGAAACACCCCCCGAAAGAGCACGUCUCUACCACCAACUUGUCAAGUCCCGUCGCGUUCAGCCAGCCUUUCACGUAACCUUGAUUCACAAGGCGUCCAAGAAGGACCACGCCGAAGUAUGGGACAGCCUCACCCAACUCUACACGGAGAAGAUGCUCCAGGUCCCGCCCAAAGACCACAGCGUCACGCCUACUCUAGGCAGCGCACGCAUCCGCCUUGAGCGCCUCAUCUGGGAUGGCCGGCUCAUGACUUUCGUUGCGCGUAUCAUGCCCCAAGACGAGAACGAUCAGCCGGAUUGGAUGUGCGUCAACCCUCUACCCCAUGUUACGGUUGGCACUGCGUCGCCCCAGAUCAAGCCUAAGGAGAGCAACGAUUUGUUGCAGAGAUGGCUCAAGGAGGGCUCCGGCGAGGGGACGGGCAUUUGGGAGGCUGAGAUUCCCGGCGUCAAGGUUGUUAAUGGCACUGUGAGUGUUGUUAUGAGUCGCGGAAGGUAA